GUAGAUAGAGGAAAAUGGACACCGCCAUCUUAUAGAGCGGAAGAAAUAGAGUAGGAUAGUGGUAAUUUUAAGAUGCACAGGCAUUAUAUUUACCGUUAAACGGGAAAAAAACCGCGGCGCUGCGCGCCGCGCAGAGCCUAAGUCCAAAACAUCCUUCCACAGGCAGAGUUCUUUGUUUAUGUUUACAUUUUCUAUAAGCUCGUUUUCUAUAUGUCUCAUUUUCUGUUAUUCCAUUUUCUAUAAUUGCGUUUUCUAUGAAGGUCACGUUUUCGGUGCACCACUUUCAACCAACCUGGAAUCAUUGCCGAUUACGAAUUAUUUUUAUACAUUAUUUUAUGUUAUUUAUAAUGAAAUUUCCUCAAUUAUAUUUAUGCUUAUAGAUUAUAUGUUGUAUUCUGUGUAAUGUGGUUAAUUUACCAUUACUAUAAUCUUUAUCAUAACCUUGAUUGAUUGUUAACAAUCUAACAAUGCUACUGCCUUGUUACAUCAAUUGCCUUCCAAUCGGAACAAUACCCAAUCUUAUUACGUAGUCACUUGCCUGUAAGCCACCGUCAUGGCAACUGCAAGUGAUUUUUGUGCGGAUUGUGACAUGGGGUAAGUUUAAAUGUUUAUUAUUUAUAUUAUUAAAUGUUUAUGUAUUUUAAAAUAUAAAAUAUUUUUGGCUUAUAUCAUAAUGGAUCAUUUUUUUAAAUUUAUUAUAUCAUGAUAGGUAUGGGCACUUCUGGGAAAAGUACGGCACCCAGCCUUCCCUCUUGCUCGAUCUUUGCCGUACACAUGGCCUCAUUUUGGAGGCCAUGAAAUGUCCAAAAUGCGACGGCGAAUGCCGUCGCGAUGAUAAUUUAAAUUCAUUUAGGUGCGACAAGACCCAAAAAAAAAAUAAUCGAAAAGUUAGAUGCAAUUUCAAAAAAUCACUUUUUAAGAACACCUGGUUUGAUAAUAGUAAGCUCGAUUUUGAAACUAAUUUAAAAUUUGUUAAUUUGUAUCUGCGAGAGAGGUUUUCUUACGCAUCUGCACGGAGCGAGUUUAAUUUCCCAAACCGGACUAUUUGCGAUUGGGCGAGCUUCUGCCGGGAGGUUUUAAUUUUCUGGUGUUUUGAAAAUCAAUCCGACAAAAUUGGUGGGUCAGGGGAAAUUGUCGAGAUUGAUGAAUCUAAAUUUGGAAAACGUAAAUAUAACGUAGGUCGUGUCAUAGAAGGUCAGUGGGUUUUUGGAGGAGUAUGCCGCAAGAGUAGGGAUUUUUUCCUCGUUGCCGUGGAGACGCGUGACUCUCUCACUUUGCUUAACGUCAUUAAGGAGCGUAUCCACCCAGGGACAACGGUCAUUAGUGAUUGUUGGAAGGCAUACAACUGUUUGGAGAAAGAGGGCUAUCAACAUUUAACUGUGAAUCAUUCAUAUAAUUUUGUUGACCCCAAAAGUAAAGCGCACACAAACACGAUCGAGCGGAAAUGGAGGGAAGCGAAGAUCAAAGUGCCCCGCUUCGGCAGGAGGACAUACCACUUCGCCGGGUACUUGGCUAAGGCCAUAUUUCAAAUGAAGUACCCGGCGGAGAACAAAAGAUUCCAUCAGUUCCUCCUUGCCGCAGCUCGCCUGUACCCUCCGCACUGACGGUAUGUGUUAAAUGUAUUGAUAAUGUGAUUUGGUUAUUAUUAGACAUCGUGCUAAUAAGGGGUGUGUUAAAUUAUUUUGGGCAAUCCUAAUUAAGGCAGCCGCGGAAAGUGUAUUUGAAUUAUUUAAUAAUGUUCGUACAUGCCGGGGAAUUUAAUAUUUUGUGGGGACCUCACUGGCCGUGCUUUAAUUCAAAAUCAAAGGUUGCCUUUCUACAAAUCUCGAUGUCUGCGAGAUUUCUGAAAACUAGGGCGAAAUACCCCCAGGGAGAUAUCGGCAACACGGACACCGGCGCGGCGCAUGUUGCAGCGGCGAC